AUGGGACACGAAAGCGACAUACUCGGGGAGGACAAUCACACGAAGUCGACCGGCGAGGCGCAGAAAUUGAAUCCCACGAUCAACAAGCAAAAGAACAAGCAAGCGACGAACGGCUUCUUGCCCUCGGCCCCAUCCCCACACUCGCUGUCGUGGGAUCGCGCGCGCGCGCUUUCUCUUUACAGGCGCCACCUUGGCCGAGGCUGGCCGCUGGCGUGCCUCGCCGGGGCGGCGCUGCGCAGAUCGCAGCGACUGGCCGUGCUCCAGCGCUACCGCCGCGUCGUCUUGCUGAACUUGCGGAGGCACGACGACGCCACGCCUCUGGUUUCGGGCGCAGUGGCUCGCCGCGACAGCAUCAUGCAGCCGUCUGGAGCAAUCAUCCACGCCGCGAGACGUUUCCUCGCCUCUCACGGCUUGGCCUUUGGCACCUUCGACGCCGUGCAGCUCCGCUCAAACCACGUGGCGCACGAGCUGUAUGCUGUCUCCUCUGCGGGCUGCCCCAAGCGGCUCGCGUCCUGCCUCGAACAGCUGACGGCCGUCGCCUCGCGGAGCACGGUGAUUGCGUCCGACAUCGCGACUUUGGUCCACUCCCACCAGGACGGGGAGACGCACCGGCGGCACGCCUACAUGCGUCACUGCCUCCUGCCGGCGGCACCGAUGGUGCUGCGCUGGUAUCGGGCGAGCGGGAUCGCAUUCAACGCUUCCGACCUGCUGCUCGGCGCGGGCGGCGCUGAUGCGGGCGCCCUGGGCAUGGUCGACUUGGUCCUCGCCAGCGAGGCGCGCGCUCUCACCGCAGUGGAUGCGCCCAAAAAGCCGCAUCGUCUCGAUGGCGGCGAGCCGUACCUCCCUGGUGCGGUGUGGACCACGUACUGCUUUGUAGUGCUAGAGUGA